AUGCUCGAGGACAUACGCAAAGGUCUCGACCCAAGUCAACCAAGAGCUUGCUGCACAGUCAUGUCCCUGGUGAACGACUCAACUCGGCGGUGGGCGGAGUACACCGAAUGCGCCCAGAGCAAGACAACAGGGGGCGUGGAAGCAGAAAAGAGCUACAAGACGUGGCGAAAACAGGGUGAAGAGGGGAGAGAGAGGAGACAAACCCAACAGGAAUGGUGUGGCAAGGUCGGACAGGGACUUUGUGAAGACAUCCCUGGGUGCGGCGGAGCUGUCUACCUUGGCUUAGCAUACCUAGCGUUCCUGAUCGUGCCAAGCCUUACUUCGACACUAUUCCCUAUUCCCAAUUCAGCCCAGUGUGGGGAGUCCACAAAGCGGCAGAGAAACAAAGAGCAUAGGAAAAAGAAAGGAAAGUCAGCCGCGAAGGCACAAAAAGCACUUUCAAAAGGUGAUCAUAAUGGUACCGUCCAGUACUCCGUACUGGCGAACGGACAGAGGCGGCAUAGAUAG